AUGUCGUUCGAAGAGGAAGAAUCGUUCGAGCACACACUCCUGGUGGUCCGCGAAGUCUCCGUGUUCAAAAUCCCUCCGAGAACCACCAGCGGAGGCUACAAGUGCGGCGAGUGGCUCCAGUCCGACAAGAUCUGGUCGGGUCGGCUCCGAGUAGUAUCGUGCAAAGAUCGAUGCGAGAUCCGAUUGGAGGAUCCGAGUUCCGCUGAGCUCUUCGCUGCUUGUUUCGUACACCCGGGUCAGAGAGAGAGCGCGGUGGAGCCGACGCUCGAUUCGAGUCGGUACUUCGUGUUGAAGAUCGAGGACGGAAGGGGAAAGCACGCGUUUAUAGGGCUAGGGUUUAAUGAACGGAACGAGGCUUUUGAUUUCAAUGUGGCGUUGUCAGAUUAUGAAAAGCAUGUGAAGAGAGAGAACGAGAAGGAAUCGGGUGAAGCUAGUGAUGAGAGUCAAAUUGAUAUUCACCCCGCUGUGAAUCACAGAUUGAAG